CACCCCCUCCCCAAGAAAAAAAAAAAGUAUAAUUGCUUUUUGGGUUUAUACUGUUGGGGUUAAGGAGAAGGGUAUUGGGCAAGCAGUGCCAAAUUCCGAAAAUUGGGUUCUCCAUAUAUCAGUUACCAGUAAGCAGGUAAUAUCAGAAAGCUCACUGGGCUACAAGAGCUUAACACAGAGACAUUUCAUGUCUGGAAUUCUUUCUUUUUCCUCAAUAGUUUUGCCUGAUUGGUGUUCAACUUCAAGUUGUAGGCGUGGUGUUAGAAUGGCUGCUGCUCACACUACACAUGCUGGACUGUCGUUGGAAGCCAUGGCAAUAAAGCCUCCUUCACACCCUACAUAUGAUUUAAAUGGCAUCAUUAAACUUGCCCUUGCUGAAGAUGCUGGAAAUCGAGGGGAUGUAACUUGUAUGGCCACCAUUCCAGUUGACAUGGAAGUGGAAGCCUGUUUUUUGGCAAAGGAGGAUGGUAUCAUUGCUGGCAUUGCACUUGCAGAGAUGGUGUUUCAAGAGGUUGAUCCUUCUUUGAAGGUGGAGUGGUCUCGAAAGGAUGGAGAUUAUGUUUGCAAGGGACUGCAGUUUGGAAAAGUUUAUGGAAGAGCACACAGCAUUGUUGUAGCGGAAAGAAUAGCUCUCAACUUUAUGCAGCGGAUGAGUGGUAUAGCUACACUAACUAAGGCAAUGGCUGAUGCUGCAUACCCUGCAUACAUCUUAGAGACAAGAAAAACAGCUCCAGGCUUACGUUUGGUGGACAAGUGGGCGGUACUAAUUGGUGGAGGAAGAAAUCAUAGACUGGGUUUGUUUGAUAUGGUGUUGAUAAAGGAUAAUCAUAUAUCAAUAGCUGGGGGAAUCAGCAAUGCCCUUAGAUCUGUUGACCAGUAUUUAGAGCGGGAAAAUCUUCAAAUGGAAGUUGAGGUUGAGACCCGGACGCUUGUGGAAGUAAAGGAAGUAUUGCAGUACGCAUCACAAAUGAAGACUUCAUUGACCCGGAUAAUGUUGGAUAAUAUGGUUAUACCUCUUCCAAAUGGAGAUGUUGAUAUGUCUAUGCUUAAAGAGGCUGUGGAGCUAAUCAAUGGGAAAUUUGAGACAGAGGCAUCCGGAAAUGUUACUCUUAAAACCGUACAUAAAAUCGGACAAACUGGAGUUACCUACGUAUCCAGCGGUGCACUCACGCAUUCUGUGACAGCACUUGAUAUAUCACUCAAAAUUGAUACGGAAUUGGCACUUGAAGUUGGAAGGCGAACGAAACGGGCAUAGUCGGUUCAUCUUUACGCCCUUAUUGAAUAAGGAAAGCUCUUCUCCACCCCCCCCCCCAAAAGGAGGAAUUAUUUACGGAUUACAUCAUUAGUUUUUCUCUUCCCAUGCUCUAAUAAUGGUUUAAGGAAUUGAUAGAUGAUAAACCGCUUUAUGAAAGAUAUAGGGAGUAUAAAUGUAUGCAUGAUGCUAAUGUUAUUUGGACUCUUCUUAAUGUACUUACAUGGUGUCUUGUAAAAUAAAAUUUGGUGCAACACAUGAUGUCUUGUGGCCGAA